AUGUCUAAUAACAAGAGAAUUGCAUUACCCGCUAGAGUAGAACCAAAGGUUUUCUUUGCCAAUGAGAGAACAUUUUUGUCAUGGUUGAACUUCACUGUUAUCUUGGGUUCAUUAGGUGUUGGUUUGUUGAACUUUGGUGACUCUGUUGGUAGAAUAAGUGCUGGUUUGUUCACAUUCAUUGCCAUGUUAACCAUGGUCUAUGCUUUAGUCACUUACCAUUGGAGAGCAAGAGCCAUUAGAUUGAGAGGGUCUGGUCCUUAUGAUGAUAGAUUUGGUCCUACCAUGCUUUGUAUAUUCUUGUUGGUGGCUGUUGUUGUCAACUUUGUAUUGAGAAUCAGAGCUUAA